CUCAAUGACUGCCUGUCAGUCAGGAUCUUCUUAGUCCUCCUGAUUCAGUGCACAGACGACUGAACGAGGGAGAGACUGAAACCAACAACAGACAUGAGCUUUACCAUCGAGGAGAGGGGCAGGCCGAACACCCAGGAGUACAGGGUGUUUUUCAAAAACUCUGGGGGCAAAUACAUCUCUCCAUUCCACGACAUACCCAUCUAUGCUAAUGAAGCAGAGAAUAUUUUUCACGCUGUUGUGGAGGUUCCAAGAUGGACAAAUGCAAAGAUGGAGAUUGCCACCAAAGAAUCUCUCAAUCCACUGAAACAAGAUAUGAAGAAGGGGAAUCUUCGUUAUGUAGCAAAUGUGUUUCCUCACAAAGGCUAUAUCUGGAAUUAUGGAGCUAUUCCACAGACAUGGGAAGACCCCAACCACAAGGACAGCGACACAGGAUGCUGUGGAGACAACGAUCCUAUUGAUAUAUGUGACAUAGGAAAUAAGGUUUGCUCACGAGGAGAAAUAAUCAAAGUGAAGGUGUUGGGAACUCUGGCUUUGAUCGAUGAGGGAGAAACAGACUGGAAGGUCAUUGUGAUCAAUAUUGAGGACCCUGAAGCCGACGACUUUAACAAUAUUGAUGAUGUAAGACGAUUCAAGCCUGGAUACCUGGAGGCAACUGUUGAUUGGUUCAAAAGAUACAAAGUCCCAGAUGGGAAACCUGAAAACCAAUUUGCUUUCAAUGGAGAGUUCAAGGACAGGGACUUUGCCAUUAAAACAGUCAAGAGCACCCAUGAGUUUUGGAAGGCACUGAUUUCUAAGAGGACCAAUGCUGGCGAGUUAAAUUGCAUGAACACCAGUGUCUCAGAUAGUCCGUUCUGCUGCUCUGCUGGGGAUGCAGAGGCUGUGGUUAAGUCUACAUGUGCUUUUGGAGCUGAGGAUCCCAUUCCAAGUUCAGUCGACAAAUGGUUCUACUAUGAGAAGUAAGAAGAAAAUCCUGGGCACAAACCUUCAUUCCUUCCUUCACUUCUUUCUUCCUUUAUCUGAAUUCAACACAUCAGAGCAGCGCAUGAACUGGAUGGAUUGGAUUUAUAAUUUAUGGCACAUUUACAUUUACUUCUUUGUUUACACUUGGAUGUCUGAUGCUGUGAAAACUUCUUCUUGUGUGAUUGUGACACAAUAUUACAUUACAGUUAUUGGAUAGUAGCCUAUAAUUUCAGGCUUCACAGAACAGUACAAUAAACCACACUAAUCCCAGGA